AUGCUCCGUUUUUUCGAGCUCUCCGACGCCUUCACCAAAUUCGGCUUCUGUGGCACUUUCAUCACAAACAUCUUCUUUCUCUAUCUCACAGUAUUUCACAUCCGUCAAAUAGCCGGCACCUACAAGCAGAUGGUCGUGACAUUCGGACUAUUCGGUAUUCUGUUCUCUGCAAUGGAGUUGGUUUCUCGGCCGUUCGUGCACAACUACAACAAGGCGUUCAUGUUCUUCAGUCUCAAUUCGUGGGCCUCUCGACAGUUCGUCCAGUGUGCCAUUGUCGUCUACGCAGGAUUCUACGGCGUCAUUCUGUCUCUGAUUGCCGUUCAAUUUGUUUUCCGAUAUUUGAGCUUGACUAGCUCGAAAUGGAGACACAUGUUUGAUGGAAUCGGAUGCAUAGGGUGGAUAGCUUAUCCAUGUUUAGUCGGGACAGCUUUCGGGGUACCGCUGAUUUUAGCACAUCCUGAUGAGUUCACUGAUGAUUAUAUGAGGUAAAAGUUUGUAUUUACGAAGAAAUCAUUUCAUUUCUCAGGGAAGAAAUACUCAAGAUCUACGGUUUUUCAAUGGGAGAUGUGGCCCGAUUCAUAGUAAUUCCCUACGUUAGUAUUCUCUUCUAAACCCCACAUGUCGUUUGUUUUCAGAACGCUGACGGUUCCGUCCGCUGGCACAAUCUCUUUUUUCUGAUCAACGGCAUUCUAAUCCUAGGCCUACAGUACGUUAUCAUAAUAUAUUGCGUUCUCAAAAUGAGAAACGAGAUGAACAAAGAGCUGAGGAAGUUCUCGGUCCCUCAUCUGAGACUCCAGAGACAAGUGUUCCGUGCGCUGAUUGUCCAGGCACUCGUACCCACAGUUCUGUUUGUUUUGCCAGCGGUUCCAGUACUCUUGGGACCGUUGCUCGACAUCGAGAUGAGUCUUCAGACAGGCGUGAUCUAUGCCUUACUGAAUAUGUAUCCCUCGUUCGAUAGCAUCGCGUUUAUGGUGAUUGUGUCAGAAUAUCGGAAAGUUAUCAGAGGUACAAUGUGACCAUUUUGAUGGUUUUACUGAACUGACUUGUAGGGAUUCGGAAGACGGUAUUCUCAUCGACGACAACAGAAUCAUCGAAAUGAGUACAACCUGAGUUCUACUCGAGCAAAACUUGUUGAUUGUUUAUGACCCAUUUCAUCUACGGCGUUUUCGCAAUUUUGUUAUCAAUGCAUUUUCAUUCUAAUCUUUCACCUCUCGGCUAGUUUUAAGAAGUGUCAUUCCCACCGAACCUAACGUUUUCGGAUAAAACUGAAGUGUUGCAAGGGAUUUGAUUAGGGUAUGUCACUUGGUUUUUGACGAUAAAAAACAGUAGAAUCCUCAGCAGACUCAAUGGAAUCGUUGCCUCUCAACCUGAAGACAAUGGUCAAACUUGUGUACCAAUCGAAGCACAGCCGCCACCAAUUCGAACGACUGGUGCAAUGAUACCGCCCGUUUCAAAAGUAGCAAUUGUUGGUGACAUUGUUUCCAUAGACCUGGAGAAAGUAAGAAGUAUGACGUUUCCAAGCACAAUGUCACUCAUCAAUCCUGUCGUUUUCCAGAUUCGAUUCCUCAUCUGAAUCCAGUUGGUCGCGUCCGUCAAUCCCACACAAAUCCGUCAAUCCCAACGAAAAACGAAACCUGUCAUGAUUUGCGAGCCGAAUUCGGAAGAAUGACGGGUUUCGGAACGAACAAGAAUGAGUUGAGAUGUUCUUUUUCCGGAAUUCGACGAGUCUUCUAUCACCUCAUAAAUCUGAUGUUGUGUAGUUCGAGUACCUAAACUCACAUUCCGACCCCUGUCUCGAAUAAAAAAGGUUUUCCACUUGUUCAACGCCCUCCAAACAUCUCUGUUUCUCUCCUUCCUCUUCUUGUUUCAAAUAGCGAUGAGCAAUCUUGUUUACCAUUUCAUUCGCGUUUCCCCGUUUGCGUACAUUAACAGUGAGAAAUUGCUAUCAGAUAGUUUCACCAUUUCACAAUUUCCCUCGUCGCACCUUCAAUGAGUGUGCUUCGCAUAACUGACCAGUUUCAGAAUGGACUUGUGCGAGCUGUACAGAAUGUAAGUGUUUCGGGUGAUAUCGUGUUUUCUAUGAGUUAAAGUUCAGAAAAGCGCGUUCCAAUUCUAUCAGGAAAACCGGGAAGUGCUUGAAGAAGUGGCACAGAGACUGAGCCAGGUAACACUUCCCCAUAACAAAAGUAAAAUCGAGCUGCCCUAUGAUAUCAUCUGUUUCUUCAUCUGCCAAAACUUUCUCCGCUUGUUUUAUAAUCCAGAAAGUAUAAUUGUUCCGGAAGGGUCGGUGAGUACAGCGCUUCAUAAACAAUUAUCAGUUCAUACAAUUCGAUUCAGUACGAACAAAGGUUCCAGUCUGCUCUGAUCUAUGCUUCUCGGAACAAUGUAAGCCAAAACAAUCAUUAUCCACAUUUUAGGUUGAAGAAAACAUGUUAAGGAUUGGCCUAAAUUCUACAUAGACCAUGAGCAAAUACUCGAUACAAUAAUACUGUGGGCACGGAAUCAAAAAGUUAUGUAUAUGUGUAUUGAGGCGGAUAACUUGGAGUACAAAAGUGUAAGUCGUCUGAUGUGUUUUAUCAGGAUUGCCAUUAUGUUUCAUUUACAGUUUAAAGACAUCCGGUUAGAUAGAAAGGACGACGAUAUGAAGUUGUUUGUGAGUUUCGAGAAUGGGAAUCUGAGCGUAGGUGAGGUUUCAACUUUGACAGUUUGAUACUUCAGCUGUGUUUUCCUUGUGCCCAGAAAAGAGGGAAGACGAUAACUCGGAGCAAAAGUAAUCAAAAAAGCAUUGUAAUACUUUGGUUUACACUUCAAUGUCUGACAAAUUUCGAUUUGAGACAACGCAACCAACUGCGAUAGCGACCGUGUCUCCCUGCCCACUUUCCCACCGUUCAGCACCUUGCCAAAGUGGACCGUCUCAGAUUGUACAAGAAGAACAAGUGCAAGAGAGACCGAAUCACCUUCCAGUCAGCGGAGGAUCAUUCAACGGAAAUCGUCAAGAUCGCUCUGCUUCAACUUUGAAAUCCUCGGAGCCGAACAAAUGCGAAGCGCCUCAAGUUCACAGGUUGGUUUGCGUGUCCGUGUAGUAUCUUGUAGCAAUUAGUUUUCAUUUUCUUAAACUGGAGAAGUUUCCUUCAGAAUGGUGAGCAAUGCUUCGACACUCUCAUCCGACUGGGACGCACGACGACAGAAACUCGAUGAAAGUUUCCGGAGAAAACUGGAAAUGCAAGAGAACGAAUACACUGAGAAGAUCCGGAAGAUUCGAGAAGAACGAGAGCGGAGCGAACGAGAUGCUGAAGAACAGUGGAACAAGUUCAAAAGAGACUCCGAUGAGAGAGUCCGUUUUUUCUUCAUGUGCACUACGCAAAAACUGAUUUGGGAGGAGCAGGAGCAGCAAUGGGAGGAGUGGCUGAAGUCGGUUCGGGACCCGAUUUUGAAAGUGAAGACCAAAUUCGGUCGAUUCGGGUAUCGAUCCUACCGAAACCUUUGUUUGACUAAUACAGAAGCGGAAAUGAAUGUGAGUCCCGGGAUCAGACUAUUAUUAUCUUUCACAAACAAAUUACAGUUGGAGAUGUUCCAAAUCGAUCGGUUGGCUCAAAUAGCCUAUGAUUGCUUGUUGGACCACUUCGAAAAGGCCACUGAACUCUCAAAAGAGUACGAAGAUAAACUCUUCUUGAAAGUGAUUCAGAAAAAAGUAAGUUUGAUGGCCACCAAGUUGUGUCAUCUGUUGGACGCAUUGCGUCGAUUUAAGGUUAGUCUCUCUUUGUGCGAUUACUGUAAUUGAUAAGUUCCAGAGCGACGAAAAUUCAUAUGGUAACAUCAAAAGUUGUGAAAAGCUCAUUUAUCCGUGGGACAUUCCGACUGCAAAUCAGUUACGAAGAAUCUGCAAAACUGCGAAUCCAGACGAGUACAAUCAUGUGGAGCAACCGGAGAAACUGAGACCCCAGUGCAUUAUUACGGAAAUCUGAAAUUCUUGUUUAAAAAAAUAUUAUGUUUCGGUGUAGUUCCUUUCUUUCUUUUCCUUCAACGGCUUCAAUUUGCCUCGUUUACCUCUCAAUGCAUCCCGUUCAUUUUCCUUUCAAAAUAUUUCAGUUCAUGGGCAUUUUUAGCUCUUCCUUGAGCAAUCCGUCGAAUUCGGAGAAAGAAUCCUCCAAACCAACUGCUCCAAACCCACUCGUCCGCGAUUUCGAGAAACAAUUGCAGAAGGCGUGUGCACCGUUGAACACUCAGGACACGCAGAGAUCCGUGCCGUCGUUCGGAACGAGUCAGUUUCAGGUUUCAGUCCAUCUUGAAUACUUUACAUUUUGCAGAUUCAAAAGUCAACAAAGCCGACCAGAAGGCGUUUGAAUCCAAACUAAAGUACGUUAAACGGAUAUUAGUCAUUUUCGCGAAUGCGAACACUUUCCAGAAACAUUCGAACAUCUGAAGACAAGAAGAAAUGA